UUGAUCACAAACUAAGUUGCCCCUCCAUUCCGACACAAGUUUGCAGCUAGCUAACCCAAUCAGGGGCAUCACGACCAUCGAUUCCAUCACUUGGAAUAUAUAGACCGCAUAUCCCUCUCUCGCUCGCUUGCUUAACCCUCCAACCUAAACAAGCAGCCAAACCAUUUUUACUUAGCCAAGCGAGUCUUCUCUCCCCUCGGCUCAGCUCGCCGCCGUCUUCUCCGGCCAGCUCCUCCGAUCGGAAUGGCGUCCCCGUCGGCGGCUGCGAAGCUCGGUGCUCAUCUGCCGAGGCUGCGGGACAUCAUCGACCACGACGACGAGGACGAUGACUUCGUCGAGGAGGUGGAGGAGGAGGAGGAGGAAGAGGAGGAGUGGGAGGACAUGAGCAAGCGGAUGUCCCGCUUGUCCUUGGAGGGAUCUGAUGGCGGGGACGCCGACGAUGAGGAUGAUGGGUGCCUGCGCGGCGAGGAGGGGGAAGAGGAGGAGGAGGAGGAUGGGGACGAGGUGAGAUCGGAUGUCAACGGGGAGUACGUCGCCGGCGGGGACCAGUGGCGUCCGUACGGCGGCGGCGACGACGACCCAAGAAACCCGCAGGCCCCGUCCUCGGCGUCGCUCCCGGGCACGCCGGACCGCGGGGCGCCCGCGCCGUCGCGGUGGAUGUACUCCAAGGAGUACGCGAGCGAGACGGAGGCGGCGCGGUGGCCGGGCGGCGGCGGCGGCGGCGGAGGCGACAAGAAGCGGAUGCGGCACCGGCGGGAGAGGAUGAUGCGGGAGGUGUGGCUGGACCGGGCGUGGCAGAUGCGGAAGCAGCGGCGGCAGAUGCUGUCGCAGGGCCAGGGCGCCGACGCGGUGACCGUGGUGGUGGGCGGCGGCGGCGGCGGCGAGUCCCCGGCGCGGGGAGGCGUGGCGAUGGACAUGGAGGAGAUGCGCGCGUGCAGGGACCUCGGCCUCGACCUCCCCUGCGACUGGACCGUGGAGAUCCCCUGCUACGCGCUCUCCGGCGUCGACACCGCCAGCAGCGGCGGCAACUCGCCGGCCUCCGGCAGCUGGCGCAUCUCCAGCCCCGGUGACGAUCCCAAGGACGUGAAGGCGAGGCUGAAGGUGUGGGCGCAGGCCGUGGCGCUCGCCUCUGCUUCUAGGUUGGGUUCUUGAUAUAUGGAUCAAAUCCACCAGCGUUUUGCCAUGACAAGACAUGUAGAGUAGCAAAAUUUUCUCCUCGUCGGCUAUAGCUGCUGAUCACCUGUACGUGCGUCAGUCGGUCGUCUUCGUCGAGCAAUAAGUACAUCGUGGAUCCGUACAUGCAUCGAUCAUGCUGGAUCAUCCAUCUGCUAGCUAGCUCUUCCAAUUCUUCUACGCUUUGGAAGAUCGAGCUAGCAGGCAGGCAUGACCGCAUGACAGCAAGCAGAAGCUCCCUUGUUCUAUCUGCGUGUGUGUGUGUUUCUCUUCCAUUGUACAUACCUUGGAGUCCAGGAAUAAGUAUAUGUGUGAAAAGGCAUUAGCAGCGUUCAUUCGCAAAAAAAAAAAA